AGGGAAGAUUUAUACUUCUUUAUACAUCUUUCGUACUACCACGUCUCGCUGUAGUCGUGCGUUCUUCUUCUGCGCUCUGUUAGUCUCAUUGAAGCAUCUCUUUUGUAUCAUCAUUUUUCCCCAAGACCAGCCUUCAUCAUGACACCCAAGUGGAGGUGUCUUGUGCUGUGCGCACUUCUCUGGGUUAUGGCAGCGCAGGCGCAGACGCUCAAGCCAAACGCCACCUCUAAAUGCUUCGCUGGGAUUAACCUGGAGUGGUCGGCGCGGGUUGGCAGCAGCGUGUACGCGACACCUCGCAUCGUCGACCUGGGGAACGACGGCCGCAGGGAAAUCUUGAUUCCCACCUUCUCGCAGUUCCUCGAGGCGCUGGACGGCUCCACCGGCGAGGACGUUCCCGGCUUUCCGUUUAUGCAUCCCCGCAUGAAGACCUACGCGAGCCCGCUUCCGGUGGACCUCAACGGCGAUGGCCAGGUGGACUGGCUGGUGGCGCUCUACACGGGGGAGCUUGUGAUCUUCGGUGCGGACGGCAGAGUGCAGGGGUACCUGAAGGUACCCCCACUGGCCAUGAAGAAGAACUGGGUGAAGGACAAACUUCCACCGCGGGAGGCCGCCACCGUGAAGCCCGGCACCCCGAUUCAUAACGCGGCGGUGCUCGAGGAGAUCAUGAGUGCACGCCGCAUGGACGACCUUUUCGUGGACGUCGUGCAGCUGCGCCAGCAACGCUUCCACCCAUCCGCGCGGCAACGGAACGGCUUUCAGGCGCAGACGGCAGAUGCGGAUGCGGUGGGUGUGGGGGGCGUGCCCGACGGAGAGACGCCCGUUAAAACCGAAGGAGUGGAGGACGAGGCGAACUUUUUCGUGGACGACGACGUCCGCUUUGACACGGGCUUUUUCGAUGAGGACCGCGCGGAGGUGCGGUGGAAUGACGCGAAGAACGAAAUCGGCCCCACCAGCCACCUGAGCCCGGAGGCGAAGGAGUCACUGUCGCUGCUCUUCCACCCCGAGCUCUACCGCGCCGCGGAGAUGGAGAAAGAGACGAACGACUUUGGCGGACGCAACUUACGCCCCGUGAAGAACAUCACGAUUGGCGAGGACGAGAUCGAGGUGGAGGCGCACCUGCUGUCGACGCCGGUGGUCACGGAUGUGGACGGCAACAACGACUUGGACGUCAUACUGCACGUGAGUUACUUCUUCAGCGCAGAGGUGGUGGCACGCCACCGCAAGGAGUUUCCGGGCGACAUUAACCUGGACGACUACGUCGCGACGGCAGUGGUGUGCAUGAACCUGGUGACCGGCGGAACACGCUGGGCCCGUGUCCUGCACGCCUCGACGAAGCGUGGCCCCAACGUGGCGUACGGCCUCAGCACCCCGCUCGUCAUCAACGCCGACGAGGAUCGGCAGAUGGAGGUGUACGUCAGCACCACGCUGGGAUUUCUGUUCGGCUUCACGCAGGACGGUGGUGCGCUGGACGGGUGGCCGGUGCUUCUCGGCCCGCUCUCCGCCAGCCCCACCGCCGAGGACGUCACGGGAGACGGCAAGCUGGACAUCUGCAUCGGCGAUACGGAGGGCAAGGUGCGGUGCUACAAUUCCACCGGAAGCGCCAACUGGGAGGCCGACGUGGUGGGCGGCAUUGCGGAUCGCCUGACCUUUGGCGACGUGGACGGCGACGGCGUGGUGGACGUCGUCUUUGGCACCACCUCCGGCCUCAUUUACGCCCUCAGCGGCAACAACGGCACCGCGCUGCCGUCCUUCCCGAUUGUCACGGGCGGCGCCAUCGUGGCCCCGGCGCUGCUCCUCAACCUCGACGGCAUCAUCUUCAGCCAAGGCGUCGACAUCGUCGUGCCGUCGCAUGACGGUCGCGUGUAUUUGGUGCGGGAAACCUCCGGCUGCGUGGAGACCAUCGACAUUGACGAGAAGUCGUCCUCGAUGGUGUUGGCGGACGACAUUUCAGGUAACGGGCAGAUGGACCUGCUCGUGACGACGAUCAACGGCGGCGUCUACUUGUUUGAGACGGCCACGCCGUACUCGCCGAUGAAUGCGUGGCCCAGCAAGACAAAGGGCGUGAACGGGUGCAGCGCGAGCGGCAAUUACGUUGGCGUCUUCAUCGAGCCUGCGUUCCGCGCUGUGCGCAACAUCCAGGGUGACACGAUGACCUUACAAAUCACCAUCUAUGACGCACGCAAGGGAGUCGCACAGCAGCGCUACGUCGUAGACAUCGUCGUGGGCACGCGCAUCCGCGUGCACCAUCAGGUGUUUAGCACGCCAGGCACGCACACGCUCAAGAUUCGCGCGCCGCUGGAGCGCGUGUACUCUUCGCUGAACGUUAUCUUGACCCUGCCCAACGGGCAGGUUUUUACUGACUCCAUCCCGCUCAGCUUCAACAUGCAUUUCAUGGAUGCCAUCAAGUACACGCUCGUCAUCCCGUUCCUGGCGGUGUCGCUGGCUCUCGUGCUGGUGCACAAGCGGCACGAGGUGGCCGAUCCGGAGCCGCAGUAUCUGUACUAG